ACCCUUUUUAAAUGUGACCUGUGAAUGUGACGUAAUAAUUGUCACUGUCAAAAGGGCAGUCCGAAUGAAAUGAAAAUAAAAUGUUUUUAGAACAUUUUACAGGUAUAUUAUACGAAAUUAACUUAAUGGAUACAAUAACAGCAGCAGAAUCAACUGACCCGAGACUAGAUUAACGACUAAUGUAGCUAGUUUAAAGAAAUCGUAUUUUAUAACCUCAAAAAAUUCUCAAAAAUAGGAUGAGUAUACCCGCGACAAAGUACUUUAUUCCUGGCAAGAUUAAUUGGCAAGAGUUCGUUUGCGGAUGGGGCGCAGCCUUUGUGAAUGUAGGAGUUACUUAUCCUAUCAAUAAACUGAUAUUUCGACAGAUGUUACAUGGUAUUGAAGCAAAAAGUGCAUUUCUACAGUUGAAAAAUGAAGGAUUUUACUACCUAUACCGAGGAAUAUUACCGCCCCUUUGUCAAAAGACUCUUUCACUAUCGAUUAUGUUUGGAGUGUUUGAGGAGGUUAGACAACCUUUAGUCAAAAUAGGAAUAAACCCUUAUAUAUCAAAAGUAGUAGGCGCUCUAGUCUCAGGAUCUACAGAGGCAUUUCUAAUGCCUUUUGAAAGAAUCCAAACACUGCUAGCAAAUGCACAUUAUCACGACGAAUUCAAGAACACAGCACACGCAUUUAAAGCUUUAAGGAAGUUUGGUAUCGGGGAGUAUUACAGAGGACUCACACCGAUCUUGUUACGAAACGGUCCAUCAAACGCAGGAUUCUUUAUUUUACGAGAGGAAGUACAGUGUUAUGUCCCGCAUUAUAACAAUGAAAUUAUAAGGACUAGUGCAGAGUUUCUGUGUGGGGCUAUGAUCGGUGUGUUACUAUCAAGUAUUUUCUAUCCACUAAACGUAUUGAAGGUAGCAAUGCAGAGUAAGAUCGGUGGCGCAUAUGAGAAUCCUUGGAAAGUAUUAUUGCAAGUGUACAGGGAUCGGGGUGGUAAAAUCCGGUAUAUUUACCACGGAGUACAGAUGAAUUGCACGCGAGCCUUUUUGAGUUGGGGCGUCAUGAACACAGCCUACGAGCACAUCAAGGCCAUCGUAUAUUAAUUUUGUAUUGCCUUUUUUUAUUAAAUAUGUAUUUAUAUUGUUGAUGAGAUUUAUCUAUUUUUGUUAUUUUAAUUUUAAGAGUAAAUAUAAAUGUUUUAGCUGUU